GACUCGCUGCAUCUCUGCCCGGCUGUGCAAUUCUCUCCCUCGAACAAACACGCGACAACCUUAGCGACUUCUUCGCUAUUCCGAGACACUCGAGCUUCAACGACAGCAUUCACCACGGAUCUUCUCACACACACAAGACAACCAUGGGCGUGAUCAAGACAUUGUCAAAGCUCACUGCAUACGGCACAGUAGCAGGAGCAGGAGGAUGGGCUCUCUACACGAGAAAGUCCAGCUUCGUGCCCAUGUCGUCCAACGACUACAUCUAUAACACGACUUUCUUUGCUCGCAACAACCCCGAUCAGAACCCCACAAUGAGCGACUUGUGUGUGCGUAAGGUGCCGCUGAGCCAGAUCAAGCCGGAAUACCUUGAGAAGGAGGGCAAGCUGGUUGAGAAGUUCUGCGCUGGCGUGUGGGGAGGUCUCGGCUACGCAUACCAACGCCAAUACUUGGAAAAGAAGUACCGCGAUGCCGACACAGAAAGCCAGUUAUGGGACACCAAAGCUUUGCAAGAGUCUGAGUACCCCGUAGGCACCCAGAUCACCGACCACUUCGAGGUCCUUACCAAGACUCCCGAAUCCAUCAUCGUGCGCUGCGGUGAUUCACCCCGCAAGAUGGAAGUCAGACCCAGCGAUGGACUGUUUGAGAUGAGAGCAGAGAUCAAGGAGGCCGAGGGUGUUGCUGAGUUCCAGCUGAAGAGCGUCUUUUACCAAGGACUCGGUAAGGCAACUGGCAAGCCCAUGCCGCCACACAUCGAGUUCUUGCACAGACAAUAUACCAAGUUGUGGAUGGAGACUGCCAUCAGCAAUGUUACGCGAUAGCUCAAUCGAAAAAGGCCAUGAAAAUAAGAGCUAGUUAAAAAUGCUGUGAAUCAGACGCCUUUUUAAGAAUUGAAAAGCAUAAACAUGUUUGUAGCUGAAAUCCAAAGACAGAGCAAACAAUCAAUGACCAAAUCGGCAACUGCGUCCACAGCACGUGAAAGCGCAAGCAAAAACGCGUCAUGGGCCAAAGCUUUGCUUCCAGUGGU